AUGAGAGGGAGGGCGCACCAGCUCAAGGGAGAAGUGCGCCGCCGGAUGUUCGACGCUGGCGGCGAGGCUACGAGGAGCGUGGCUGACAUGGUGCCGCUAGUGGACACGCUCCAACGCCUCGGCAUCGACAACCACUUCUGCCAGGAGGUUGACGCCGCGUUAAAACGCAUCAACAGCUGCGAGAGUUUGGACGACGGCCUCCAGAUCGUUGCUCUUCGCUUUCGUCUACUUAGGCAACAUGGCGUCUGGGUUCCUGCAGAUGUAUUCGACAGAUUCAGAGAUGAAAGGACGGGCAGUUUCAGUGAAAGUCUGGCCAGUGAUCCGAGGGGCUUACUGAGCCUAUACAACGCGGCUCACAUGGCAACACCUGGCGAGCAGGCCCUCGACGAAGCCAUCUCCUUCUCCAGGCGUCACCUUGCGUCCAUGAAUGGCAGGCUCCCGUCGCCACUGGAAGAGCAAGUGUCCCGUGCCCUCGACAUCCCACUCGCACGCCUGCCAAAGCGGCUGGAGACGUGUGUGGUGUUCCAUGAGGAGGAAUACUCUCGUGCGCGAAUGCUGUUUGCCAAGACAUUCGGGUUGCUGUCCUUGAUGGAUGACACGUACGAUGUGUAUGCUACAUUAGAGGAAUGCCAUAUACUCAACGAUGCUAUACAGAGAUGGGAUGAAACCACUGCUUCCAUUCUUCCAGAGUACAUGAAAAUGUUCUACAUCAAUCUUGUGAGGAACUUUCAAGAGUUUGAGCAUAGUUUGCAGCCAAAUGAGAAGUACCGCGUAUCCUAUGCAAAGCAAGCGUUUAAACUGUCAUCAAAGUAUACUAUCUGGACGAGGCCAAAUGGUGACAUGGCGACCAGGGAGGCGUUCCAGUGGGCGAUCGGCGUCCCGGACCUGCAUGGUCACCGCCAGUGGAGAGGGGAGGAGGCGGUGACCGCGAUCGCGGGGAUGGCGGAGCACGCGUGGAAGACGAUUAACCGGUCGUGCAUGGAGAUGGAUAGCGCCCUGUUGCCGGCCGCGCAGCUGGUGGUGAACCUGACCAAGACGCUGGAGGUCAUAUACCUUGGCGGCAGAGAUGCCUACACCUUUGCUGCCGACCUCAAGGAUCUCGUCGUCUCCCUCUUUCUCAACGGCCCUACUGUUUGA